AUGAAGUAUGAAGCAGUCCCGGCCACUGAUGAGGGCGAAGAGGGUAAGCUAUCUGACUACACACCCUCAGAGGCUUGCCCUCGACACAGAUACUCGACCAAGCUAUUGGCAACAACAUUGAUCUUGAUCGUCUUACUUGUUCUGAGCAAUGUAGGAUGGAUCUGGGUUGCAAUCUCAAGACGCUCUAUGUCUACCUAUCAUCACUCCAACUUCCCAUCGAUUGACAUGACCCAUACCGCCUUCUAUCAAGACACACCUUUCAAUGGCGAGGAAAAGGAAAAGCCCCACGCGGAUGAGCUGUGGAAGGGCCUCUUCCCGUACUCAAUUCAAGAUCCAGACGCCGAGGACAAAGUGAUGUAUGUUCUCGCGGGAUAUCAUAAUUUGCAUUGUUUGACGAUAUUACGAUCUGCGUUCUUCCAUUACCACGUUCAUGGCAAGGAAAUGUCACCGUGGCCUCAUGUUGUGCAUUGCUUGGAUCAAAUACGGCAGACUCUCAUGUGCAACUUUGACAUGACAUUCGUCCCGAUGACUGGACCAAAGGAAUUUAAAGAUGGACAGGAGCAUGUGUGCAAGGAUUACUGGCAGAUUCAUAACUGGACAUCUGGUUACCGAUCGGCAUACGCACCAGGAGAUGAUGACCUUCAUAUGUGA